UGGGUGUCAUUAGUCGGGGCAGUGAAUGGAUGGUCGCCCCUCACUGAGAGAUGGUCCACCUCCACCUCAGGGCACGGCGUCUUCCCAAGGGCGCGGCGGCACUGGACCGACUACUCAUGACCCACAGCCAGCCCGGUGCAUCACACAGGGCGGCACGGACACCACAGCAAGCCGUGCGCUACUAAUUACUGCCACUAUUGCUGCUCCCUGUGUGACGUUGUUCAUCAAAAGAGUAAAAUUAGUGAGGAGGAAAAACGGGAAGAGGAAAAUGGACCCAAAGAUAUUCCGGGGGAAAGAACAGUUUUGGACGCUUGUUAAAGUUGCAUCUCCAGGAAGUGACUCUAGAGGGCGUUGCUUUAAGUCCCGUUUUAACCAAGAGUUUUAGGAUAAGCGGCCAACCAAGCCUCUCAGCGUGACGGUAGUGUGAAGGACCCGGCGACACUCUACCUCAAAUUCCCUCCACAAAUAAAUAAAACAAGAGAUACAGGACCUCAUUAAAUGCAACUUCCGCACACACUCACACACACAGAGGAAGAAGGAAAAGAAUGAUAAUUUAUUUUCGCAAUCUCGCCUGACUGAAGCAAAACAGCAAGUAAAAAAAAAAAAAACUAAACAGAUUACGAAUGUGUGUGAAGGAAAAGUUACAGAAGGAAAAUGGAGCAAUAAACUGAAGGAGGAAUGAGGGGAAGAGAGCAGAAAGUGUUAUAAAAAUAAGAAGAGAAGGAGGAGGAACCCACGAGUUUAAUAACUUUAUAAAACACUAUCAUACACACAUACACACAUUUUCCUUCACCUCACAUUCUCCCUCCUUCCUCCUCUCAAUACCUUGCUUGUCAUGGACACGUACUGAAGUGCUUCUUGCAGGGCGAGAACCACAGUAACUCCGGGUGUCUCCUUACGAAGCACUGUUGUCCGCGUUACGUAAUUUUAGCUCGAUUCGCAAUUUUCAGUGUGCACGUGUGUGAGUGUGUGUGAGUGUGGGUGUGAGGUUGAAGGAAAAUAUAUAAAAAAAAGUGUAGUGAUAAAAUACCUUAAAAAAGCUUCUAUAAACCACACAAGAUCCAUAUAAAAAACUGCAAUGUAAAAACCAAAACUACUAAAAACAACUGUAUAAUUCCCUACCACCAAAUGAAUGACAUGUGAACGUGACACUUACUAAUAACUAAGACUAAAGCGGUGCAGCAUUUCGUUUAGUUACUUAUUAUUUCUCACCUCUUAAAACUGAAACCCCAAAUAAACAAUAACAAAACAAGUGGAGAUUAUUAACAGUAACUAAACCAAGAAACUAUAAAAAAAAAAAAAUACGAAAGAUAAAAAACAAAAACAAUAAACUAUUACUACUACUACAACUACAACUACUAAAAAACAAACAAACAAGUAACUAAACAAAUAUAUAUACAUAGAUAUACCUAUGUUUCUACUGACACAAAACAAUGACACACAACAAUACAAUGAGUUUAAGAAGUUGAUAUGAAGACAAGACUCGCUUUCAGCACCUGAGACCCUCGUCACGACACCUGAAGACCUCCAGCACCCGCACCGCACCGCACCUCAAUUCACCACACUUCACCUCACCACACCUUCACACCAGUCAGCAGCUUCAUAGGCUUCCUCGCUCCUCGUCAGGGUUACUGGUCGACUCGCCGUCUCGAGGACGAACCAAGGAGAAGCCCCCGCCACUCCACGACCAUCUAUCAACAAGCUGCUGGCCGGGGAAAGUUGGCAACCACUCAAGCACAAGCCUUCCUCACUCCUUCCUCCACUCCACCACCACCACCACCACUAGACUCAACCUAUCCCAGACUCCCAGGCAUCCCAGACGCACUUUACUUUUCCCACUCCCGUUUUUCCCUUCCCUACACACACGCGCCACAGGACCCCCAACUAACCCGUAUUGUAACGAAACUUUCUUCUCUAACAACUUGGCCUGACAAUUUCUAAACACGCCAGCCAACUUCCUACUCCAACCUUCUGCCAGAUCCGGUUUCUCUCUCACUGCGAGGUCACCCCUUCCUCUACUAACUCCCGACUCACUCUCUCUCUCUCUCUCUCUCUCUCUCUCUCUCUCUCUCUCUCUCUCUCUCUCUCUCUCUCUCUCUCUCUCUGUCUUCCCGCUGCUCACUUUAACACUUCUUGUUCUUCCCUUCCCGCUCAGACACAUCAUUCACCGUAUCUUCUUUCCUCCUCCUCCUCCUCCUCCUCCUCCUCCUCCCGCCGCUGACUCACUGUGACAAAAGGAUACACACGCACACACACACAAAACACCUAACCCAACCCCACCUCACAAACACACACACACACACGCUGCAUCCUUUGCCUACCGAUCACCACCACCACCACCACCACCCCCACCACCAUCCCCGCCAUUCCCUUCCUCUCCCGCCCUCUCUCCCGCCACACGCACCACCAUGUCUAUUGGAGGGGGCGCCCACUUGAUCUUUGGGGGCGGCAGCAGCAACCGUACCGUCUCGUCCCAGCAGUUCGAGUGUCACCCGGGCGGCACCACCGAGGCUGCCAUCAUCCUGUCCCUCGGCGCCCUUGGCAUGUCCGCCAACAUCUUCCUCAUGACGCUUCUCAUUGCCCGCAGGCACCUCAGGAGGUGGUCCCAGGGCCUGCUCUUCCACCAGGCGCUCGUGGACUGUGGGAGGGCGGCAAUACUCAUCCCACUAGGCCGCUCCAUAUACAGCUGUCAGCCGGUCACCAAGUGUUCCCUGGUGGAGACUGCCUUCCUGCUGCUCGUCACCGUGUCCACAAUCAAUAUGUUAACAACGGUAUUAAGUCAAGUGCUGAACGACGCGCCUCUGCUGCCGGAGGACUCUGACCAGAAGCAAAUGCCGUUGGUUAUGGAGUCUCCGCAGUGUGUUCUCUUCGGCACCUUCAUGAUCUGGUUCGCCUCCAUCACGAUAAACCUCGGCCCGACCUUCCUUUCCGGGGCGCUGGCGGCGAACAUUGACGAGGAGCACAACGCCCCCUCGUGUCCGCUCAUCACGGGGCCGCUGCGUCACUAUGUCCUGAACGUGCUGUGGAUCGUGACCAACGUGCUCGUGGUGCUGCUCACUGUCUAUCACCUCUGGAAGCUGUACCGUGACCUGUCCACCUCCUCGCUCGAAGCCGUCCGCAUUGCGUCUCUCGUUACCACCAUGAUCAGCGUCACCCAGCCAAGAAACCAAGACCCAGAGGCGAGUGAGCACAGGCAGGUCAACAGCUACAUCAACCGUAUGGAGCGUGAGGGCGUGGAGCGAGUCAAAAUGUUUGUGGUGGUGACGAUCGCCUAUGUGGUGUUCUGGGGUCCCCUCUUCCUGGUCACCCUGCUCACGCCGUCAGGAGGCAAGACAGGACUCAGCCACGAGGUGACGCUCCAUGUGGCCUACGUGCACGCCUUCGUCAACCCGGCGCUGUUCCUGGCGCUCCAUAAGGGUCUGAGGAAGGCAGUAACCGACAUUAUGUGCUGCCAUUGCUCCACUGUGAGUUGCGCCGCUGACGACACGAGCGGACGAGUGGGUGACGGCGGCCUCUCCAGCCUGCAGUCCAACAUGGCGUCCUCGCGGGCCAGUCUCGGCGGCGGCGGGCUGGCAGGGCUGGCCGGAAUGGGAGCAGCUAUGGGGGCGAGCGGCGGACUGGGCGGAGGCACGUCCGGCCUGUCCCCUGCCGCCCAGGCCCUGCCGCAGUACCCCACAGACGGAGACAUCACCCCGCCGCCCUUCUCCUCCAUCAACCGACCCUACCUAUUCACGGAAGUAAACAGUCCAGGAGGCAGCGUGCGGGGCUCCCACCAGGACCUGAGCCAGCACCGCCUGCACAUGGCCACCCCCACCAAGAGCAGCUUUCCCCCUUCACAGACUGGCCUAAGCCGCCCUUGGAGUACUGCCGCCGCCCCUCCUGGUGAAGCCACAGAGGGAGGUGACCACGACGACCUUCAGCGGCAAGCAGGAGGAGGAGGAGGAGGAGGAGGAGGAGGAGGAGGAGGAGGAGGAGGAGGAGGAGGAGGAGGUUGGACGUGCUGAGGAAGUAAAAAGAGCGAAGAGGAGACGAGAGGAAAUGAGAAGAAACGCGAGAAAUAUGACCAUGACGGCAGCAAGGUGAAGAAGAGGAAGAGGAGGCGGGAGAAGAAAAAGAAGAAGAAGAAGAAGAAGAAGAAGAAGAAGAAAAAGAAGAACAAGAAGAUAGAAAAAAAAAGAGGGAAAGAGGAAGAGGAAAGCGGUAAUGAGGGAGGAUGAUGACAACGUGGAUGAGGGACAGAGGAGGAGGAGGAGGAGGAGGAGGAACAGGAGGAAAAGAGAGAAAAAAAGAAAAAAAUGAAAAAAACGAGAAAUAAGAGGUCGACAUGGAGAAGAGAAAUGAGAAAAGAUUUUUGGAAGUAAUCCCUGCGCUUUCCAAAAUACGACGAUGAAAAAGAAAAAAAAAGCAGAUGAACCCACCCACAAAAAAAAAAAGAAAAAAAAGCGAGAAAAGAAAACGAAAGAAAGAAAACUAGAGGCUGUAUUGUGAUGGUGAUGUAUGUGGUGGUGAUGGUGGUGGAAGUGGCGGUGUGGAUAGUGGUUGCUGGAGGAAGUGGUGGUGGUGGUGGUGGUGGUGGUGGCGGUGCUUUCUGUCCACAUUCUGAAGGAGGAGGAGGAGCAGGAGGAGGAGAAAAAAAGAUCAGAAGGGAUGUCGGUCACAGUCAGUCUGCCGCCAGAAAUAGAAGAGAGAGAGAGAGAGAGAGACUUGAAGAGGAGGAGGAGAAAGAGAAGGAGAAAGAGAAAGAGGAGGAGGAAGAGGAGGAGUGACUAACGACAAAGACGAGAACGACAACGGGGAAAGUGGCUGAAGAAAGAGAACAGGCAUAGGACAUGAUAAUAGGGAAUAAAUGGAAAAGAAAUAAGAAAAAAAACCAUGACGAUACGACAGGCGCGAAAAAGGAAGAAAAGUAACACAGGAAGGGAGUAUAAGAAGAAAAAACACAAACGAAACACAAACGGAAAUGAAGAAAAAUAAAGAGAAAAAGAACCACAUGAGGAAAGAGAAGCAAAAACACAAGAUAAUUACGGAAAUAAAGAAGAAAAAGAGGGAAAAAAGUUUAAAGACGUGAGGAAGAAGAAGAAGAUGAAGAAGAAAGGAAGAUAGAAACAAUAACUACGGAAAUGAAGAAAAGAAAAAGAAAAAAGAUGAGGAGGAGGAGGAGGAGGAGGAGGAAUAAGCAGCGAGGUAGGAGGAUGGAUGUGGCGCGUCCUUACUGCAAACACAAAGGACGAAGAGGGAGGCACAAAAAAUACAAAGCUGGGAGGACCGUCACUCGACCAAAUGGACUGUUAGACUGACGCUGUAGUGGAAACGUUGCUCUCUCUCUCUCUCUCUCUCUCUCUCUCUCUCUCUCUCUCUCUCUCUCUCUCUCUCUCUCUCUCUCUCUCUCUCUCUC